AUGGCCGCAAGCUUCAUCGGAAAGCCCAUCUCCCUCAUUUCCCACUCAGAUGUACGAUACAGAGGUGUCCUAGCGGGCAUCGACCCUGUCGCGUCGACCAUCCAACUUUCCAAUGUAUACUCUAUGGGCACUGAGUCGCGGAGGCCACAAGACCAGUACAUCCCCCCUGUGCAAGAACCAUACACCUACAUCAUCUUCCGCGCGUCUGAAGUGAAGGACCUUGCUGUUGACGAGACUGUAACCCAGCGCAGAAAUGUCACAGACGAUCCAGCUGUUCUUGGUGCAUCAGCGCCUCAGGCUACUCCUGCCUUCCCCCCGUAUGGCUCUCCGUCAUACCCGCAGCAAGUUGCCGCAGGCGUCCAGCAGCAGCAGGCUCAGGUUCCCCCACGACAACAACAGCCAUACCAGAAUCUCCAGCAGGGCAGCCAGCCCUCAGGUUCAGCGGGCCCGUCACCUGCUGCUGUUCAAGCGCAAGCCAAUGGGUCUGCCGCGGCUCCGCCGCGUGCUGUCCGGAACCAGUCGGUAAACUCGGCAACGGCCUCGCUUGAAACCGUUGAGCGCGCACUUGGCGACCUGCGGGUGUCGAAUUCGGGCACAGGCAAUGGGCAACACCACCGUGGAGGUCGUCGUGGUGGCCGUGGUCAAGGCCAAGACCACAAGGCGGAUCUUCGUGUCCCAGCCACAGACUUCGACUUUGAGGGCUCGAAUGCCCGCUUUGACAAAGCUGCCCUUGCACCGUCCCCUCGCGGGACCCCUAAGAACGACGGUGAGGCUGCUGAGGGCGAGACGGAGGAGGGUGAGGAUGCUGCGAAGGACGAUCGUCCAGUGGCAUACAACCCGGAGAAGUCCUUCUUCGAUUCACUAUCGUCGGGGAGCAACGGCCCUGGCCCCGUCAUCGACGGUCGUGGUCGUGGUGGACGUCGUGGAGGCGGACGCAACCGUCGGGAGGAGGAGCGGGAGCGCAACUUUGCUACGUUCGGCGAAGCGGGUGGCCUUGGCCUCAUGGGUCCCGGGGCGUACGUUGGCGGUUGGGGAGGCUACGGCAGGCGUGGUGGCGGUCGUGGACGGCGUGGCGCAGCCGUUGGUGCUCGCUAGUGUUCCUCGUUGGUCUGGCCGACGUUGAGGGUUUGAGUUUGUGAUUUUUAGUCUUUGGACUGGCCUCGUACGCAUCUGUGUUUCAGUAUACUCUAAUUUCGUCGUGUUGCCCGGAAUCCGAGUCGAUGUCGCUCUCAGCUAUCUGUACUUUGUCAAAAAGCGCGAAUGCACGCUCAGUCUGCU